ACUAAUUUACUAGGCAUCAGAAUCGCUUGGAGUGAAGACGUAAUUUUUGAACAAUUAUCGUGAAUUUGGUGUAACGAAGGUCGUUAAUAUGACCACUUGGUUGUAUCUAUUAGUGGGUGUAUUAGGCUUAGCCUGGUAUUAUGUGAAGAAGUCAUACAGUUAUUUUGAAAAUCAAAAUGUGCCAGUCCUUGCCCCAACAUUCCCAUUCGGAAAUCUCGAUCCACUGGGCAGGAAGCAUUUUGCUAACGUCAUCAGGGAAAGCUAUUUGGCAUUCAAGAAAACAUCUGACUUUGUUGGUUUCUACUUCUUCACAACCCCUAAAUUCAUCCCUACAAAUUUGGACGUCAUCAAAAAUAUCUUGAUUAAGGAUUUCAAUAAUUUUUCCGAUCGCAAAGUGUACUACAAUGAGGAAGAUGAUCCUCUGUCUGCCCAUUUGUUCAGCCUUCGUGGUGAGAAGUGGAGGAUUCUUCGUCAACAGCUUUCUCCUACUUUUACAUCUGGGAAAAUGAAGAUGAUGUAUCCCUUAGUGGUUGCCCAUACAGAACCCCUCAAGGCUUUCAUUCGGAAGAAUAUGAAUAAGGGUCCUAUGAAUUUCAAGGAUCUCUGUACUAGAUAUACAGCUGAUGUUAUUGGAAUUACUGCCUUUGGGCUUGAUUGUAAAUCUCUGCAGCAGGAGAAAUCUGAGAUUGUUGAAAUAAGCAAACUCUUCUUCAACUUCAACACCAUUAUGUCCCGUCUGAAGUUCUUCUUCUUCCUCAGUUUUGAGGGACUUGCAAAGAAGAUGCGUCUGCGAUUUAUUGAUAAGGAGAUGGAAAACUUCUUCAUGAAGGUCAUCAAGGAUACUGUGGAACACCGUGAGACAGGAAAAAUUGAUAGGAAUGAUUUUAUGAAACUCUUGUUGGCAGUGAAGAACAACAAAGAUAUUGGAGAUAAUAAGAAGAUGACUUUCAAUCAAAUGGCAGCUCAGGCUUUCAUCUUCUUCUUCGGUGGCUUCGAGACAUCAUCUUUGACCAUGCAGUACUGUUGUGCUCAUUUGGCCAUCAAUCAGGACAUACAGGAACGGGUUCGUCAGGAAGUUCGUGAGGUCCUGAAGAAGCACAACGGUGAACUGACAUACGAAGCUGCUCAUGAGCUCACUUAUCUUAGGCAAUGUAUUGAUGAAACCCUGCGAUUGUAUCCACCUGGAUUCAAUUUGUUCAGAGUCGCCACAAAUGACUACAAAGUACCAAACUCGUCCUUGGUCAUUAAGAAGGGAACUGAGAUCUUUAUUCCGGUGUAUGGCAUUCAAACGGAUCCAGACAUCUAUCCCAAGCCACAUAUCUUCGAUCCUGAACGCUUCAGUGCCGAAAACACCAAAAACCGUCAUUCAAUGGCAUACAUGCCUUUUGGAGAUGGUCCAAGAAAUUGCAUUGGAAUGCGAUUUGCCUUGAUGGAACUCGCUGUUGCUAUUUCAUGCAUUGUCAACAAUUUCAAACUCACGAUUAAUCCCAAGAUGAAGGUACCCCUUGAAUUUGAUACCAAGGAAGUGGCUAUAUAUCCCAAGGGUGGAAUAUGGCUCGAUGUACAAGAGAUAAAGACAUAAAAAGUUCUUAUUCUCUGCUUUGGCGAAAGUAUUAUUGAAGUUUGUAUGAUUCAUCCUUGAAUGAGAUUGUAUCUUACUAUCCUUUCAUCAAUAAAUGAUUUAAGUUACUAAAGCA